CUUCGUAAAUAUGGUUAUAUAGGACAAGCUAACCCGGAGGCCAGUUCUAUACGACGGUUAGAAGAUUACCAUACAGCUAUUCGAAAUUUUCAACAAUUUUACCGUUUGCCAGAAACCAGUCAAAUGGAUGAGGAGACCAGACGGUUAAUGUCUUAUCCGCGGUGCGGUAUGCCGGAUGUCAUCCCGAACGGUGAUCCGGGGCAAACCCGGUUUAGGAGAUACUCUGAUUCUGGGGAUAAGUGGGAUCAUCAAGAAAUUACAUAUAGAAUUUUAAAUUUCACCCCCGACCUCACGGAAGCGGAAGUCGUUGAUUCCUUCGAGCGGGCCUUUAAAGUGUGGAGUGACGUGACACCGCUGACCUUUCGUCGCGUUUUCGACGUACCAGGCGACAUCCAUAUACAAUUCUCCGAAUACGACCACGGGGACGGUGUCGCCUUUGAUGGCCUCGGUGGUACGCUGGCACACGCGUACUUCCCCGGGGGCAGUAUCGGAGGCGAUGCCCAUUUCGACGACAGUGAAAUAUUCAGCGUUUUCCUAUCUGAUGAUGAUAAAACCGAUCUGUUCAUGGUGGCAGCGCACGAGUUUGGCCACAGCCUCGGACUAGGGCACUCUUCCGACAUCCAUGCGUUGAUGGCGCCCUUCUACGUUGGCUAUGAUCCUGGGUUUAGUCUUGGUUACGAUGAUCUUCAUGGGAUACAGUCCAUUUAUGGUAUUAACUCAAGCCCUCGACCAGGUGACAGGUUUAUACCCCUACGACCCCAACCCAGUCCACCGGAUCCGGAAGUGGAGAGAUGCAGCAAAAGCUUCAAUGCUGUAGCGUUCAUUAGAAACGAACUCUUUCUAUUCAAGGGUAAGAAUUUCUGGAGGAUGCGAGAGCAGGGCAAACCUUUGGAAGGGUAUCCCGUCGAGAUGGGGCAGUUCUGGCACGGUCUUCCGCCCAAGGUAGAUGCUUCGUAUGAGAGACACGAUGGGAAAAUAGUCUUCCUAAAAGGUUCACAUUAUUGGGUAUACGAAGGAGUCGACAUGGACCCUGAUUAUCCGCGUCCGCUCCGUGAACUCGGAUUACCCGCCGAUAUCGACGGAGCUUUACCGUGGGGACAAACCGGCAAGACGUACUUCUUCAAAGGAGAUGUCUACUAUCGGUAUGAUGAGUUCGAUCACCGAAUGGAUAAAGGAUAUCCAAAACUGAUCAAGGAAAACUGGCUGGGAGUACCGAUCAAUAUUGAUGCAGUAUUCAGACAUUACGAUGGUUAUUCAUGGAAUACCUACUUUAUUCGCCAUCGUCGCUACUGGCAAUUCGACGAGUCUCGAGGGCAAGUCGAUCUCGGUUUCCCCCGAAACUUCGGGGUCGACUGGAUGGGUUGCAAAGAAGAGGACGCGAAAGUCGAUCAGCCGGAGGGCCCCGGUCAACUAAGGGCGGAAGUAACGAUGAUUUCGUCGAUGACAACGGAAAACAGUAGUCCCCUUACUUUGUCACAUUCAAGUCUUUGUUUAUGUUUAUCAAUCUCGUUUGCACUAUUAUUAAACAGAUCAUAGCAUGAUUGGGAAGUUAGUAGUUAAUCUAGAAAUUGAUUGGUUAAGUAUAGAUGUGAGUAAGGAUUUAUUGUGUUUAAGAACACCGCUGCAUUUGGUAAGAAUAGGGAAAGAUGUUGUGUUUCUACAUUUAUGUUCUAGCGAUCACGACUUUUAUUCAUUAAUUUUGUUCGCUAUUUUGUCCGUCUGCUUGCCUUGUGCAUCGCGUAGCUAUUUCUUAGUCAUAUCUCACCAACACGAUGUGGCUUUAUUUCAAAUAAUUAGCUAAGACUUUUGUCCUUCUUAUGCACCUUGAAAAUUGAUUUUGUUAAAAAAUACAGGAAUCAGACUUUUUAAAUAAAUCUCCUACUCCAUUCUAGGAUCUUAAUUUGGUUCAUGUACUUUAGCGUAUAAACCUUUUUUUUGUUGGUGACAUACAUAAAUUCAUUAUAGGCCUAGCAAAGUUCAUUUAUGUAUUAAUGUUCAUCGUGAUUCAUUACUUACUUUUGUAUAUAUUACUAUAUGGUUUUUAUCUGAUAAGGAUCACGGAUGCUGUAUUUAAACAUCAGUACUUUGUAUUAAAAUUGUGAACAAAAAAUUGAAUUGCUGCAAAGGAGGUGAAACAAACUAUUGACAGGAAAAGAUGGAAGAGGAGGGAAAUCAUGUACUAGAGAGAAUGGAAAGAAAAGGAGGAAGAAGUAAAAGAAGGAGAAUGAAAGAAAAAAGUGACAGGAGGAUUGAUGAGAGGAGGAGAAGAACGAGAAGAAAGAUAAGACGUAUAUGAAAAUGAAACAGAAGGCAUCAAGGUUUAAGAAACGACAAAAUAAACAAAUAGUCUAUAUGAAGAAGGAACAUGAUCAUGAAACUAAAAUUGUUUUUAGAUUAGAAGAAAUUAAUGUUAUUUGAUUUGUCUACCCAUUUGAAGUUGAAGCUUGUUUUUAUUUUUGUAUUUCACAAUAAAAAAUAUGAUUUAACGAAACAA